GAUUGAUAAGGUCCCUUUCUCUGUAAAAAAAAACAGGAGCGGAGCAACUCUGUUGCAGAAGCGUGAUUUUGGCGACUUACAGUGGGAGGAAACAACAAUAAUGGCUUCUUGUCUUGUGACGACAAGCAGUUUCUGUACUGUUUCAGAUUCUAGUAUACGUUUGAAAUCCUCCAAGCUUGUCCAUCUGAGUAAUCAGCAGAGAAGACGCUCUCUUGGUUCACGAGGUGGUUUAAAGGUUGAAGCUUACUAUGGCCUAAAGACCCCUCCUUAUCCUCUUGAUGCUUUGGAACCGUACAUGAGCCAAAGAACACUAGAAGUGCAUUGGGGAAAACACCACCGAGGCUACGUGGACAAUCUAAACAAACAGUUAGGGAAAGAUGAUAGACUCUAUGGAUACACCAUGGAAGAGCUUAUCAAGGCCACAUACAACAACGGGAAUCCUUUGCCUGAGUUCAACAACGCUGCACAGGUUUAUAACCAUGAUUUCUUCUGGGAGUCAAUGCAACCUGGUGGUGGAGAUGUGCCUAUAAAAGGUGUUCUUGAGCAGAUUGAGAAAGAUUUUGGGUCGUUUACGAAUUUCAGAGAGAAGUUUACUAAUGCUGCUCUUACUCAGUUUGGUUCUGGCUGGGUCUGGCUUGUUUUGAAGAGGGAAGAGAGGAGACUUGAAGUGGUGAAAACCUCAAACGCCAUUAACCCACUUGUGUGGGAUGAUAUUCCAAUCAUCAACUUGGAUGUGUGGGAGCACUCUUAUUAUCUGGACUACAAGAACGAGAGGGCUAAGUACAUAAACACGUUUCUGAACCAUUUGGUGUCGUGGAACGCUGCCAUGAGUAGGAUGGCACGUGCUGAGGCCUUUGUGAAUCUUGGUGAACCCACCAUCCCAAUUGCUUAAUAAAAGAAUCAACCAAGAGGAACAUCACAGACUUGUAACUCAAUCGCGGUGCGCGUAGACUAAUGAGGAAUCCUGAGUUUACUGCGUAGAGAAUAGAGUAUGAUGAGUAUUUUCUGAAGCAGCUUUUUGCAGUUGAGUAGAGUAUGGAGAGAGUGUUGCUUCUGGUACUCUUGAGACUUAAAAACAUAAGAGUUGUAUUACAACACUUCUAUUAGAAAGGUUCUUAGCUUAGGUAUCUCAUUUGAGAUGUUUUUGAAUGAUUAUCUCAACAUUUGAGAACCUCAUUUAUUUACAGAGAGUGAUGCUUCUGGUGUUCCA